AUGCCGAGUGAAGUAGUCACCGAGGAAGCAGGACUGCGUAUAAAGUGGAACGAUGACGGUCAUACGAGCUUGUAUACUUGGGAUUGGAUUUUGAAACACAGAACCAAAUCUGGAGCUCUUCUUGACAAAGAAGGCUUACCUGUCCCAAAAGACGAACCAGCUCCAAUUGUACAUUGGGGAUCUGAAAUCUCAGCCAACCCACCGAUCGUUGAAUACGAUGAGGUUAUGGCUAAUGACAAGGGUGUUGGUCAAUGGACGGAGAAAAUCCGCCAAUACGGAUUCUGCUACGUAGACGGCUGUCCUAUCGACCCCAAAGCGACCGAAGAUCUGCUCCAACGCAUCGCCUUCAUCCGCGUAACGCACUACGGUGGCUUCUACGACUUCACUUCAGACCUAACCAUGAAAGACACAGCCUACACCACCCUCGCGCUCCCCGCACACACCGACACGACAUAUUUCACCGACCCCGCCGGCCUGCAAAUGUUCCACCUACUCUCCCACACAGACGGCACAGGUGGGGCCUCGCUCCUCGUCGACGGCUUCCACGCGGCCGCAGAACUAAAGGAGCAAGACCCCCUCGCGCACUUCGCGCUCUCCCGUACGCCCAUCACCUGGCACGCGUCCGGCAACGACGGCAUAACCAUCACGCCCUGUAAGAAAUUCCCCGUGCUCAAUUACGGCGAUACUGCCGAGGGAGGGACUCCAGAAUUGCAGCAAGUGCGCUGGAAUAACGAUGAUAGGGGUGUCGUGGCUCUUGGAGAAAUCGACGGCAUGGGAGCAGAGAUGUGGUACAAUGCAGCGCGGAAGUGGGACGAGACGCUGAGGAGGCCGGAUAUGGCGUACUGGGCGCAGUUGGAGCCCGGGCGAGCGCUGAUUUUUGAUAACUGGAGGGUGCUGCAUGGGAGGUCUAGUUUUACGGGGAAGAGAAGGAUCUGUGGUGGUUAUAUCAAUCGGGAUGAUUAUGUUUCGAGAUGGCGAAAUACUAACUUUACGAGGGAGGAGGCUUUGAAGCAGAUUCUUUGA